UACAUAUUUGCUUCACGAUUCGCAUAUAUGUAGGAUGCAGGAUCGCAGGCUGGCGCGCUGACGUCACAUUCGCAAGCAUUAUAAGUGCGCCCGCGCUCACUCGCUAGUCGCUAGUCGCUAGUGAGCGCGCCGGUGCGCACCGCGUUACUUAUUGACCGUGAUUUUGCGCGCGCGAAUUUCGACAACAAAAAAAGAAAAGUAAAAAAUUACUCAAGUGAUAUUUUUUGUGCUUCAAAAUGCCGAAGAAUAUUUUAGCCGAGAUGGGCUCCCAAGUGGGGCUCACCGCCGCUCGCCAAAACAAAAAGGAAGCGGAAGAAUGGGCGCGCAGACCGAGUGGGCCCAUGGUCAACCCUUCCUUCGAGCCGGACGACUUCCUGCCACAAAGUCUGUCACCCGUAAAAGAUGCAAAGAAGCAGCCAGGUGACAAAGGCAUCUACCUCGUGAACAUGAGAGAGAAGGACCUGCAAGACGUGGAGGAGUACGAACCAUACGACAACAGAGUUGUGGACCAUCCCACUACUAACAUGGAAACACUUCUGCACUUGCUGAAAGGGAGUUUAGGAACUGGUAUCCUGGCGAUGCCGCACGCGUUUGCCAAGUCGGGCUACGUGGUCGGCGCCGUCGGGACGCUCUUGAUUGGAAUUCUGUGUACGUACUGCAUCCACGUGCUGAUCGACUCGUGCUACGUGCUGUGCAAGCGGCGGAAAGUGCCUUCUAUGACAUACACGGCGGCGGCGGAGGCGGCACUCUCAGAAGGGCCUGACUGGUGUAAGGCUUGUGCGCCAUAUGCUGCGCACGUCGUAAACGUAUUUCUACUUAUCUAUCAAAUUGGGACGUGCUGCGUCUACGUGGUGUUCGUGUCAGAGAACAUACAAUUCGUUUUAACCAAACAAUUCGGCAUAAACGUGGCCGUAACAGAAGUUAUGACUUAUAUCCUAAUACCAUUAGUUAUCAUAAACUGGGUGCGAGAUCUGAAGUACUUGGCGCCAUUCUCCGCUAUAGCCAAUGCGGUGACUAUUGUGAGCUUCGGCAUCAUUCUGUACUACAUCUUCAGGGAGGCCCCGACUUUGGAGGGAAAAGUUCCAGCCGGAAAAAUUGGCGAUUUUCCUCUAUUCUUCGGGACUGUUUUAUUCGCUUUGGAAGCUAUUGGCGUGAUUCUGCCAUUAGAAAAUGAAAUGAAGACCCCAAAAGACUUCGUGGGAAAGUUUGGUGUGUUGAACCGAGCGAUGAUCAGCAUUAUCAUUCUCUACGUAGGCAUGGGACUGUUUGGCUACUUGCAGUACGGCCAUGACGCGGCGGGCAGCAUCACACUUAACUUGCCUUCGGAAACUGAAACGCUGGCCAGCGUCGUGCAAUGCCUGUUAGCGUUCGCGAUCUUCAUCACGCACGGGCUGGCGUGCUACGUGGCUAUCGACAUCCUGUGGAACGAGUACGUGGGGGUCCGCCUGCUCCACAGCAACCACAGGGUCCUCUGGGAGUACCUGCUGAGGACUGUCAUUGUGCUGCUCACAUUUGGAAUCGCAGCAGCAGUGCCCGAGCUGGACCUCUUCAUAUCCCUGUUCGGGGCGCUGUGCCUGUCCGCGCUGGGGCUGGCCUUCCCCGCCUUCAUCCAGAGCUGCACCUACUGGCACUACGUCUCGAGGUCCGAACGGAUUCGCAUGAUCGUAAAGAACGCCAUUGUCGUCGUUUUUGGCAUCCUCGGCCUAAUAGUGGGAACCUGGACGUCGUUAGAGGCAAUCAUCGUUAAAUUUUCAGGCCACACUUCCGUACUAAACGCUACAGAUAUAGAUGUAAGCCUCGCAAACGACACCAGUGUCAUGCCUUGAAUGUAGAAUAAAUAAUAUAAUGUGAAUAUGCAGGGCCGUCUUAGCCACGCAGGGCCGCUAGUCUAUGUAAACGUGAAUGCAACGGGUUAUCGUAUUCUCCAUUGAAAAUAAUCAGAAAAUAUUUUCAAUAAUUAUAAUUAUAUCAAUUUGUUUCCUAACACACAAUCACUUUUAUGUAGGUAUUUUUAUAAAAUUAUAUACUUAGAUGAAAAUAUCUAUAGAAAUUUAGAAAUAAUAGAGAGUAGGAUCACAAGUUAAUGAAUACUAAUUUUUCUCCCCUGCUGCAAACCUGCACUUACUCGCACGAAUAACAGACUGUUGCGCGAGUUCCCAACAUCGGCAUACUGAUCGGACGGAUCCUAAUAUAAUACUGUCAGUGCCAUUUAUUAUUACAUAGAAAACCGUCCGUGGCAUUCAAAUAAGUACAACAGAAAAAGCGACCGGUUUAUUAUAAACAAAUAAGUUUUAUGAUCUAUGUAUUUUAGGAACCAUGUUCAGUGUUUAGUUAUAAGAGUUGGAGAGUUGUUCAUAAUAUUUUACUAUGUAUUUUAAAUAUCAUGAACAAUGUUGAUCAAAUUAGAAAUUAUCAGGGUUACUCUCGACUGUUUUGGUUUACCUGUUUAGUACCGAAUGCCUGAAGGGCCCAUAAAGGGUUCUUAUGCAUUCUUGCGCAAGCAGCGACUAUUUCCUUACUUUUCAAACUCUAAUGUCCCAGUAGCCUAAUGAUCUAUUGGGAGUACAGUUUUAUUAGCUUAAAGAUGAAACAAAAGUAUGUACCUACCUACGUUCUCUGAGUGGUACCUACGCCUCUUACACCUACUAAGUCUACAUACAUACAGAGGCGUAACUAGGAUAGCAGGGCUGGCAAAAUGUCACGGGCCCACGUUCCGAGAGGCUGUGAACUCAGAAGUAAUCUAACAUUUAAAAACAAUACCACGUGUUCUAGAGUCCCUUCCAAUAAAUUAACAAUGCGCCUAAGUAUAAUUACGCCACUGAUUUAACCUACAGGUUGAGGUAAAAGGGAAGAUGGUCGUUGCAGCCACCAAAACACGCGGGAGUUAUGCCCAGAACUUCUUGGUUAUAGUUUUAAUUUUAACGUUUAAAUAAUUGUUUUUAGACGUAAAAGCCUUUAUUCGCCACUUUUAUAAUAUUUUAUUUAAGUUAGUUUAUUUAAUUAUUAUGUUAACAUUAAAAAUAAUUUGGCCCAAUGUAAAACAAAGUGGUAAACCUAUCAUUGUUGUAGAAUAUAAGAAUAGAAUGUUGCAAUCUACCGUCUAGCGACAUUAAAGCUACAGAGUCGCAUGAAACGCGCACACUUUUACUACGAAUGCUUAUAAAUAGUUAUAAUAUUUUGUGUCGUAAGCUGAUGACAGCCACUCACCAUCCAAUAAUAUCAUGAGUUUGCAGCGCUAACGGCAGGACAUCCGAUAAAACUGAUCGUGUGUUGGUCACGAUCGGCAUGACUUCAUACAGAUCGCGAUCAACACUCGACCAGCGCUGCAGGCGUGUGAGUUUAUUUGAUCGUCAGUGGCUGACAUGAAAGCCUUGUCACAGUAAAAAAGUGGCCUCGUACUCGUAGGUAUGACUGUCGUGAAUGCGCCUUAGACCACGAACAAUUUUUUGACCAUUUAGUAUGUAAAAAAUCAAACAUUUAGUGCUAAAUUAAAGUUUAUUUAACAUAUGUUUUAAUAUGAAUAGUAGGUAAUAGUAACAUAAGCUUGGUAUUGAGAGAGCAACAAAAGGUAGUUACGGAUUACGGAAUAUGCCGUAAUAUUUUCCGUUGGACCAGUGGCUGGUGUGAAGAGUGAGUGAAUUGAUUUUUGUUGAAUAACGACCUUGAGAAGGAUAGCUUGGUUUUUAACUUUAAUCACUUGAUAUGAGUGGUUUUAUUUUACUAAUAAUACAACUGUUAUUGUUAAAAAAGUGCAUUUUAAAAAGAUAACGUCAUCAAAAAAACUUUCAUAAAUUUCCAUAAUGUGAAACGAUUCAUGUUUCACAUUCCGCUAAACAACUGUAAUAGUUAUAAAAUAUAUCUACAAAAUGUAUGUGCACCUACAGUAUCUAAUAAUAUAAUAAAUUACUUUGAUUGAACGCGCUAAACUCAGCAACUAUGUAGAUACGUACGAAUAAUUUCGAAUGUUAUAACUCUCUCAAUGUUCAACGCUCAGUCAUUGAGGAAGGUAUGUGUUAUACUUGUAUAUACGCGAUAUUUUUUUUUCUGUGUGCCUAGUGGGAGUUUUCAUUAUUUUCAUGCUGUUACUAUCGCGUUGACGGAAACGCGAAUUUAAUUUGCAUUAGUGCCACUAGAUGGCGCUGUUACAAUUCCUUGGAAAUUCGCGUUUAUGCGCGAUAGUAACAGUAUCAAACUGCCACUAGGCCCUCUGUAGUCUACAGCUAAUAAUAAAGCUUAGACAACAUUAGUUUGAAAAAAAUCCGUAGAUUUUCAUUUAAACGCAAUAAUUUGUACAUGACUGUAUGUACAAGUUAUUUCCAAAGAUGCGUGUAAACAUAUUCGUGUGUAGAUACAUAUAUGUAAUAAAGUGUAGAUAAAAACUAGAGAUUCCACUCUGUAGACGUAUUAUUGUACUUAGAUAAAUACAUACAAUCACUUUCAAUAGGUAAAUACAAAAUAAAAUGUACAAAUUAUUUAUAUUUAUAAUAUAUCAAUAAUAAUAAUCUAUUUGUAUUUUAAAAUAAAUUUAUGAUAAAAUUAAAAGUAUCAUCUAGGUAUUUCUCGCUGUGAUUUUAGAAUUGUAACACAACAGCGUUUCACUGGGUCAGGGGUUUGCAGCAAGGAAUAAUUUUUUGCAAAAUUAUUUGCAACAUUUGCAAAAAUAAUUUCCGUUUGGUUUGAGAUAGAGGUGGUAAAUCUCCCAGUUAGAGCUCUAAGAUUUAAUAAGGAAAACAAUAUCUAUUCAAAUUCAAAUUGGAAAUCUUUUUUUUCUUUAGUUUUCAAGCACUUUGGAAAUGUCAAGUUCGACUAUUUGUAGACUCUUUGUUUCGAAGACAGGUUCUGCUGAAGAAGCACUCUUUAGGUACACUUUCGUGGGCGACUCAGUAUAUUUCAUAAUUAUAUCAGUUUAUUUGUAUGGAUAAACUGAUUUAAUGAUGAAAUAAAUAACCCUGCUUUCCUUAUAGUGGUACAAGACUAGCAGGGUUAUUAUGUAUCUCGGUGUAGCAUUCAAAUAAUGAGUCACUAAGACGUUUUUAAUAAUAUUUUCGUUCAUGCAGACAAUAAACAUCGUUAGAAUUAACAACAGUUCGAGACUAGUCGGGCACACUCCGACGUUUUUCAUAUUAAAUUAAUUAACAUCGUAUUUUUAACGAAAUGGCAUAAGUAUCUCCAUUUAUCGUAAAGGGACAGUAAUAUAUAAAGUGAUAGUAGCAACAUUAUUUCAACGAACUACCGUUAUUUUUACACAACACAAUUACGAAAAUACGAUGAAAAAUUAUGUAGUGACUUUUUAUUUGAAUGGUACACCGAGUUACAUAAUAACCCUGCAGGUUUCCGUUAUAGUAGAGGAUUUGGUGUUUGGACUCAAAUUACAGCCCCAAUACGGGUUGGUAUGUUUAUCUUGUUACAAAUUUUGUAUCUGAGUUUCGGUUUUAAAAGUAUUGUUGGCAGUUAAAUAACUGUUCCAUUGGCAGGAAAGUUGAAGGAUUUCCUCAGCUAGAUUGCCGUAGGUCAACGCAUAGUCGAACUUGAUCCUAUAGUAUAGUGAAUGUGCCAUAACAUAGUGAGUUCAAUUUUGUGUGGCCCAUCUGGCAGCAGCUAUAAAGUUAAACUUGACGGCGGCUUAGAGAGAUUAGGGCAGGGUGAUGGGAUGGGUCAUAAAACCUACCUUUGAUUCUAUUGAUUCGAUUUUUGAAAUCGAUUUGAAGUGAUAACAUGUCCUAUAAUAUUAAGUUUAACAUUAUAAAAGUUUUAACAUGGAAUUAAGUACAAAAACAAAUAUAAGUUAACAAACAAGUAUCCGUUAAGUCCAAAAAACCAAUAUUUAGUGAAUCGUCGCUAUUAAACUAAACUUACAAGUGAAAUUGGAAACAAAUCAGUAAGCUAAUCACUCAUCCUGAUGAAUUGAUCUAUUGUACAUUAGGCUUUACCUCGCAGCAAUCAGAUUAAAAAGUAGAACCUAAAAUAUAUAUGUAUUUUUUCAAUUAAAGUGUUGAUAAUUGUAUAUCAUUAAGAAUUAAGAUGUUUUAAUAUUUAACUGUUAUGUCAUGCUAAGCAUGUUGAUCCGUUAGAAAAGAGAGAUGUCAAAAUCAAUAACGUACCGACACGAAUAUUUACAUAUUUGAUUUUAUAAAAUAUUUACAUAUUUCAAUAUUGAUUUAUAUUUUUUUUAAGAAAAUCUAAACACUACAAAAUAAGCUGCAUGGCGACUCUAUCACUGUUUGUCUUUUUAGUAACGUUGCAAAAAUACUUUUAUUACGAAGCUCAAUGAUAUAAUAGUAGUUAACAAUAGACAUUUUCGGUAUUCAAUGUAUGUCAUAUGUGUAAUAUUUGACCAUUUUGCUUUGCAACAAUUACCUAUUGGUAUUUUGUUAAUACUUAGAAUGGUACAUUUUGUCAAAUAAAAACAUUCCUAAGGAAACUGCUGGCUGAUUAAUUAUACUAAAAAGUUAGGGCCGCGUGAUUUCACUCGGGUUUUACCCAAUAGUAGCCCAAGUUACUCUUUAAAACAUCAGCUCAGCCAGUGAAAAUCUCGUCAAAUUCGGUCCAGCCAUUCCAGAGUUUAACCAGAACAAACAGACAGACAAAGUGUUUCUAAAGAUGUUUUUUUUUAUAAUUAGAUAUGGCAAAAAUAGUUUCACACGCAUUUUUGAGAAAAGUUUUAAAAUUUUUAAUUUAUGUAUUUUUAUUAUCGAUAUUAUUGAUAAUAAAUUGGAAUAUUCAUAUUUUUAAUCAAUUUAGUGAUACUAGUAAUAUAUUACGUUAUCCAUAAUAAUAUUAUAAAUGCUAAAGUAGUCAAUCAACAGGCGGAGUCGCGGGCGCCUGAUAGUAUUUUAUACAGCAAAAACCUUUUACAUUUUAUAUUUAUUGUUUUUAAUAGCUUUUUAUUUCGACUAAAUUAUAUGAUUUAUGUAGGUACGUUGUGUUGUAUGUUCUUAAUUGGUAAAUAAAACGUAAUUUAAAAAAUUAAACUGAUAAUCUUAAUACAUAAAUGCGAAAGACCCACACACACUCAUCACGAAAUCUCGAAAACCGCUUAUCUUUCAAAGAUAGUAGGUAUUUCUGAAUGAAAGUCCUUGAUUUUUUAUACAACAAACUUGAAAUUUGGCAGGGAGGUGGUUUAUAGUUGGUAGACGUCCGUUAAAAACGAAUUGUGCGCCAGGGCUGGAUUAAAGAGGUCAAAAGACUCUCGCAACUAUUUGAAAGUCAUUCAUACUUUCAACUACAAAGUUGAAAUUUGGCAGGAAGCUGCUGUAGCUAGUUACCACCCUACGCGCAAAGACGUACAACCGAACGAGUUAGCGUUCCGGUACGAUGACGCGUUGAAAUUUUUAGAAGCAUUGGUUGGAUAACUUGCAACAUCAGCAUGUGACCAACAACAUGUCUAGUAAAAACAAAUGAUAGUGGAGUUGUUCAAGUCGCAUCUCCUUAAUCCCCACGCAAUAAGAGAGAUAACUGUAUUUCCGGUUGCGCCGUAAUUGACAUUUGUCAAUUUUUCUCAUGAGUUAUUUGACAUGUUGGUCGCAUGUUAGGCCUACAAGACAGAUCAGAAAAUGCACUGAAAGUAAAUUACUGUUAUUCAUUUUUGUAUGCAUUAAAAGCUUGGGAAACCUGACUGGGACAACGGGAUACCAAAGCUGAGAGUUGGUGAUAGCCAUAUGAGAUCGCUCACUCCGCCUCAUGCUCAUGCAUACACGUUACCUACAAAUCUGAUAAUAAUCAAAUCUGUGAUGUUCAUAGCUAUUAUAAUAUUUAUUAGGUAAAUGUUUUCAUUUAAUUAUGUUAACUGCAAUGUGUGACGUCAGACAUGUGAGAUGUGCGUCGGUGAUAUUGUGCUCAGAUGUGUUUGAGGGUCGAUUUUCUGUUGAAUAAAUUAUAAAAAUA